UCUUCCAGUUUUCUGAGUUCAGUUCAAGUCACCGCGAGGGUGUUCCUGUUCGUCUUUCACAACGGUUGUGAAUAAACUCUUCCUGUAAGAGACCAGAAAGAGGAAGAGGAAGGACGAGAGGAAGAACGCAGACGCAUAGCGGUGAUGGACGUGACGGAUAAAAACUGCAGUCCAGUCAUCGUCUCGAAUGGUGCUCAUCCGGUACGGUGCACUGAGGAAGUACUGCUCCCUUUCAUCACAGAUGAGAGUCGGCAGGCCGCCAUGGACUCGCGGCUCCCUCCUGACUCGCGCAUCGACCCCCCGGCUCUCCCAGAGCUCCGACUGGUCCUCCUGGGUAGGAAGGGGGCCGGGAAGAGCGCGGCGGGCAACACCAUCCUGGGAGGAGUGGGAGGCUUCGAGAGCGGGAAGCCCACGGAGGAGUGCGUGAAAAGGCGAGCCGAUGUGGCCGGGAGGAGAGUCACGGUGGUGGACACGCCGGGUUGGGAGUGGUACUACCCGCUCAACAGCACGCCCAACUGGGUGAGGAGGGAGACUUUGCGGAGUGUGUCGCUUUGCCCUCCUGGACCCCACGCUGUGCUCCUGGUGGUGCGAUCCUGCGCCUCCAUAACAGAGGACUGCAUCAGUGAGAUCGAGGAGCACCUGGGGCCGCUGGGAAAAGGGGUUUGGGAGCACGCCGUGCUGCUGUUCACCAGGGGGGACGAGCUGGGCCUGGCGUCCAUGGAGCAGCGGAUCUCGACGAGCGGCCCGGGGCUCCAGAGACUCCUCCGGAAGUGCGGGAGCAGAUACCACGUCGUGAACAACCGGAGCAAAGGAGACGGGACGCAGGUCAGAGAGCUGAUGAGGAAGCUGGAGGAGAUGGUGGAGGGGAAGAAGGACGGAAGCAGCCACUUGGAGAUGGACGACACGGUCCUGGUGGGUCUGGAAGCAGACGGGAAGAGGAGAGCGAGGGAGAGGAGGAAGAAACAGAGGCAGAUGGAGGCCCAGCUGCAGAGAGGGACCAUCAAAGCAGCGCUGAUGAGCGAUGGUCUUCAGGGCUCCGAGUUAGACGCCCACCAGUCGUUCUCCAAGGCUCCCCGACGUCUACUCGAGGUCAGACUGGUUCUCCUGGGCGAGCGUGAGACCGGAAAGAGCUCCGCCGGGAACGCCAUCCUCGGCAAAGCGCUCUCCUUCCAGGCCGGGGCGGUGACGGAGGAGUGCGUCCGUCAGCAGGCGGAGGUGGGCAUGCGGAUGGUGACGGUGGUGGACACUCCCGGCUGGGAGGGAGGUGUAGCGGGCGCCACACCUGAGAGGGUGAAGAGGGAGAUCGUCAGUAGCGUGGCCCUGUGUCCUCCGGGGCCCCACGCGCUCCUGCUGACUCUGAGGGUGGAUACGCUGGUGAGGGCGGCGCACGUGACGGAGCAUCUGGAGCUUCUCGGCGACGGCGUGUGGAGACACACGAUAUUGCUGUUCACACACGGGGAUCAGCUUCGAGAGGGGGUGGAUAUCGAGCAGCACGUCCAGGGUGGGGGCAGGGAUCUCCGGGGCCUGCUGGAGAAGUGCAGGGGCCGGUACCACGUCAUCAGCAGUGUGGACGGAGGGGGAAGAGGAAACGGAGGCUCCGCUGAGGUGACGGCGCUCCUGCAGAAGGUGGAAAAGAUGGCAGCGAUGAACAGGUGCGAGGCUUUCUCCGGCCUGGUUCAGGAGGUCAGGACUCUGAGCCAGUCGAGGAACGAGAAGUUCAACCAGCGUCUGAAGGACGUGGGAGAUAAAAUGCUCCGUCAGGAGGAUGAGUUGAAAAAUAUGAGAGAGAGGGAGGUGAAAAGAAUGCGGUGGUUUUUCGACAGGAAGAAAAAGGCGAAGUCACCCGGAAAGGCCGACGUUCCAAGGGAAGAAGAGGAGGAGGAGGACAGGAGGAUGGACGAGAGGAAGAAUGAUAUUGGAGAGCUAGAGGAGAGGAUGCGAUGGCUCACGGAGGAUAAAGAGAGAGAAACUCAGGAUCUGAGCGUAGAGAACGAGAGAAUCCGUGCGGCGCUGAACCAGAGUGAAGGAGAAAAGCACGACGCGGCGCUCAACCUGGAGCGGAGAGAGAGAGAGAUCGAGGAACUGAGAGAAAGAAACGACGAGCAGCAACUGAAGCUGCUGGACCUCGAACGUGCCGCUGUAGAAAACGAACACGAGAGAAAACAGAGGGAAGAGGCCGUGAGUGAGGUUAAGAAAUUGGAAGAGUUGCAGAAAAAAGAGAACGCAGAGUGGAUGGAAAACGUCGCUUCUUUAAAAGCAGAAAUGGACGAGACCAAGAGACGCCACGAUGAUAUUCUCGAGAGAAAAGAAGAGGAAAAGAACAGGGAGAUGGAAAUAAAACUACUUGAAAAAGAUAAAGAGCGAGAAGAAAUGAGGGAGAAGGCAUCAGAGGAAAAGCAGAUCGCUCUUGGCAACGCAAAACAAUAUGAAAAAGCUAUGCAGGAGAAAGUUGAAGAAAUUAAAUUACAGCAUCGUGAAGAAAUAGAGAGACAAAUGCAAGAGAGAGGGACGGAGAUAAAAGACAUAAAACGGCAACAUCAGGAAGAGAUGGCCAGAAAGAUCUGUGAAAUAGUGGAGACGAUGAAAGAAGAAAUUGAUCAGAGGUUGAAAGACAAUAAAGAAGAUGUAGAAAGAGUCAAACUACAGCAUGACAAUGAAAUAAAGGACACGCAACACGAACAACUCAGAGAGAUCGCUGAGCUGAAAGAGCGGUUUGCAAAAGAAACAGAGGAACAAAGACAAGCGAAAAAGAGAGAGAUGGCCGAGUUAGAGCAAAGGCAUCGCCUCCACACGGAGGGGAAGAUGCUGGAAAGUGAAAAAGAGAAGGAAGCAAUUCAUCUUAAAUGCAAAAAAGAUACGGCACAGAAAAUGCAGGAGAAGGGAAACGAGCUGGAAGUGUUAAAACUGCAGCAUCGGGAAGAAACGGCGAGAAAAACGAAAGAAACGGAAGAACUAAUGGAGACGAGGAGCGCUGUGCACCGGGAGGAAGUAGACAGAACGGUGAAGGAGGAGAAGGAAGAUGUUGAAAGGGUCCAACAGCAGUGCAGCGAUAAAAUAAGGGACAUUGAACAAGAACGACAAAGAGAGACUAAAGAGCUGAAACAACAGUUUGCAGAAAAAUACGAGAAACAGUUGCAGGAAGGACGAAGGGAGAUAAGAGAGUUGGGGCAAAAGCACAGAGCCCACACAGAAGAAAAGGCGUUAGAAAAUGAAAAAGAGAAGCAAGUGAUGAAAGAGAAUCAUGAGAAAUACAUAUUGCAAAAACUGCAGGAGAGAGACGGACUUAUAGAGAAGUUAAAACGUGGGCACGCGAAUGAAAUCAAAGAACUGAUGCAAGAAAGGGACCAGGAAAAGGAAACGCUCCUCAUGAGUCUCAAGGAGGAGAAGGAAAGAGAAGCCGAGGAGAUGAAGGAGAUGAAGGAGAAGCUGCGACGAAAGGAAGAGAAAGAAACACACCAUUUACAUUUCAAGCAAGUCGUGGAGGAAAGAGAGAGAGAAGCGGAAGAACUUGAGCGGCGCUUGCGGCGGACGGAGGAGGAAAGAGAAAGAGAUCAUUUAAAUCACAAGAAACAGAUGGAGCAAAAGCUCCGGGAACAAGACGGAGUGAUAGAACAAUUGAAUCAGCACCUAAAGGACAUUGGCGAAGUCCUUCUGAAUCAAGAGAGAGAGGCCGAGCGAGAGAUGGAGGAGAUGAAACGAGAGCUUUUGAGCGACGCCGAGAGAAGACUAAAGGAAAAGGAAAGCGAGAUGGAAAGUGCCAAACAGCGGGCCGAGUGCAGGGAGAGAAGCUGGAGGGAAGAGCAGAGGAAGAAGGACGAGGCCGGAGAAAGGGAGUUAAACCGACUGCUAGAAAUCAGAGACUGUGAGAUUGAUGAGGCCAAGAAGACGAGCGCGAACCACUUGAAAGAAAUCGAAGAGCUGAACGAGAGCAAUAAACUCCAAACCCUCGGCAUCGCGGAGAUACGGCGGCGUCACGCGGAGCAGGAGAGGAAAAAAGACGCGGAAAUGACGGAAAGACUUCGGGCCAAAGAAGAAGAGCUGAGGCGACGAGGCGGAGAAGACGAGAGAGAGAUCGUCCGGCUGAGGCUGACGAUCGAGCAGACGAAGUCCGAGCUGAAGGAGCUCGUUCGCCAGAUGGAGGAGGAGACGACGAGCAUGAUCCUGGAGUACGAGAAGGAGGUGGCGAGGAGGGAGGAGAGCGUGGAGUCCAUCGCGGGGGAGCGGGAUCGCGCGGCGCGGUGCUCGGAGGAGGCCUCGGAGAAAUACGAGGAGAGUCGGAGGAGAGUCGAGGAGCUGCGGGAGCAAAACGAGAAGAUGAGGACGGAGACGGCAAAGCUCGAAGGGGAAGUUAGAAAGCAUCUCCGGGGAUACGAAGAGCAGGUGAAGAGCAUUAAAGAGAGAGAUGUGGAGGUCGCGGGAUUGAGGGAGGAAAAUGACAAACUGCAAGCUGAGGCAAAAAGGCAGAGGGAUGAAAUGAGAGAGCAUUUCCAGAAACAAAGUGAGCUCGGAACGAAGGAGGAGGAAUUCCUGGAAAGGGAAAACAAAGUAGGAGAAAGGGAGCAGCUUCUGAGCAGAAGAGCAAAUGAGCUUGACGCCAAAGAGAGAGAGCUGGCGGGCAAAGAGGUGAAGUUAGAAAGCGAGGAAGAGGAACUCAGCGAACGGGAAGCAGGUCUAGAAAAGCAACAAAGAGACCGGGAGGAAGUAGAGAAACUCGAGCAGGAAGUGAGCACGAGAGCCCAGAAUAUAGAGAAAAGGGAAAGGGAGCUGGAGAGCUUGCUUCGAGCUCUGGAGGGCCGACAGAAGGAGCUCAAUCAUCACGGGCAAGAUCUUCAGGAGAAGGUGAAAGGCCUGAAAGACCACGAGAGGGAGCUGAAGGAGAGGGAGGGCUACUUAAGAAAUGAAGAGAGCGAGCUGCUCGGCUGGAAGUCGGAGUUGCAGACGAGGAACGAGCGCGUGGACGCCACGACGCAGCAGUUGGACGAGAUGGGGAGAGACUUGGCUCUGCUGAAGGAGGAACUUCACACCAAGGAGACAAACUUAAAGGUGUCGCUCAAGAAACUGGGCCAGUGGGAACAGGAUCUGCAGGACCGAGAGCAAAGGUUGCACAAAAGAAAGAGGAGGGACUUGGAGACCGGACCGGAUGAGGUUGGAGACCGUGAGGCGGAUCCUUUCUCGGCUGCAGCCGAGAGCUCAGACGACGACUUGCACUUAAUGUACCGAGAGGUCAGUGAGAGGAGGGACAAGGGAAGAGGAAGGGAGUCCGAUAGAGGAGACAAGGAAAAGGAGGAUAAGAACUGUCCCCUUGAAACUCUAAAAGAGAUAGCGGCGGCCGAGCCAGAGAGAAUCUGGAAAGGGCAAAAGGUCGUUCAAGAUGUCACGUUGUUAUCUGCAAGUCAGGGAAGCUCAAACCUUCCCGGGUCGGAUUUGAGGGUGUUGGUGUUAGGGGAGUCCUGGUCGUCUCGCUCCCCCUCCGGCGUCACCAUCCUGUGCGGCGAGGCGUCCGAACCGGACGGCUCUACGUUCCGGCACUGGAGGGGUCAGGUCGCCGGACGCCGACUCGCCGUCGCCGAGCCGCUGGGUCUGAGGUGGCGCGACGGUCCGGAUCCGACCAGCGCCGCGCAGAGAACCAGCGUCCUCGACGGCGUCUCCUGGUGUCGCCCCGGACCGCACGCGGUCCUCCUGCUCAUGCCGGCCUUCCUGACCUGCACGCAGAAGUACAGGAGGGCGGUCGAGGGACACGCGGGUUUGCUCGGGGAAGACAUUUGGCGGCGCACGCUGGUGCUGUUCACGUGGGGGGAAAUGUUAGGGGAGAGCGCAGAGCAGCGCAUCCUGAGGAACGGGGAGCUGGCGGGGCUCGUGGGGAGAUGCGGGGGCGGGUAUCACGUGCUGAGCAACAGGAGAAGCAAGUCUUUGAUUGAGGGGCUGUUAGAGAAGAUGGAGGACAUGGUGGCGUUGAACUGUGAUGAAUUUAUCUAGAGGAAGAGUGUCUUAUUUGUAAUGCAAAUAUUUCUGGAUAAAUUAAAAAUGCGGUUGGAAUAAGUAA